UUGAGCUGGUCACACAGCGUUGCUGUGUUGUGGGCGCCGCUUUUGGUCUCUUAUACAGUCUUGGACACAGAGUAAAGCGCAUCAAAAUUAUGUCCAAGUCUGCAACAAUCCGGUCGGCAACGCUCUGGCAGUGCACGGCAGCCUGAAGCGUCGGGUGCAACGGCUCGACAAGCGCUGGAGGCACGUGGCCGUGGCCGUAUAGACGCCGGCAUGUACAGUCAAAGACGCAACACAAACCCUCCUCCUCGAUCACUAUCCAAUACAACGCACAAGUCACUCUUCUCUUGCAUCUGGUUGCCUUCGUAUUGGAACAAUCUUACGACUUGAAUGGCACUUCGAGACGUUUUCCAGGCACGAGAGGCCUAACAAUCCUUCGUCAGCCACCAGGAAUUAUUUCAGGCCAAGGAAGACUUCGGUGACGACCUCGUCCAUUGCCCACGAAUCGUCCUAAACGUGAAUCAUGAGUACGCAAGGAACCACCUCUUCCGACUACUACGACAAUGAUCCCGAGUUCCUCAAGGCUCUGAACGAAGUGGUCAUAGACGUUGAGGCCGAGCAGACUGAGAGUAUUUCCACGUCUCGCAGUGCUCAUAGUGAGCAAGUAACUCCCGCUAGACUUCAGUCUUCGAAACGAGCACGUACACCCGACAGCGAUGAAGAAGGCGCGGAUCUUCAUGGAGUGCUCAGCUCGGUCAACAAUGGUGGCGACAAUACGACAUAUCUGGACAGUCAUACAUAUGGAGCGUCUCGUUUCGGACAGUUUGGCGAAUACAUGGCAAGGAAGCGAGCCAAGCUACAAGUCCAAAACGCCGAGAUGGAUGAAGAGGAGGAUGACGCGGCGCCGAGGACAUUCAGAGGGCUGCAGAUCUACAUCAAUGGUUGGACCGAGCCGUCCGUUCAAGACUUACGAGAACUCAUCAUCAAGCAUGGAGGGAUAUACCAUGCUUAUUUGGACAAGAAGGGCUUGGUCACGCACAUCAUAACGUGCUCCUUGACCCCCGCGAAAGUGCGUGAAUUCAAGCAUAUGAAAGUCGUACGACCGGAAUGGCUAGUCGAUAGCGCGGAGGCGGGUCAGCUGCUACCCUGGCAAGAGUAUGUGUUCAGACCUGGAGAGCGUGUAGAGGCUUCGCAGGGAAGAAAGGUCGGCCAGCGAUCACUGUUCGAUGGGUUCGCUUCUCAAGCAGUCCCUAUUGAACGUGAACCUGGCAGAUCCUCGUCUGAACAAGUCGGCACAGUUCCCGCUGCCGCUGAGAUUGAGCAACCGGUGCCAGGGCCAUCUCGGAUGACAGCACAAGUUACACCUCCUAGUACUCCCCCUCGCACGCCGAGGAGCAAGAACAGUGACGGUUCUCCUCGACCACUCUACUCGACCGACCCCUCGACACCCGAACAAGCCGCCCGUGUCCCAGGCUAUGCCGCGCACAAGUCGAACAUCGCCGCCCAGCGGGCUAUGGCUGACCCGGUCUGGCGGGCCGCGCAUACCUCAGCUGCUCCCGACUUCAUCGAGGGUUACUACAAGAAUUCGCGUUUGCAUCAUCUGUCCACGUGGAAAGCAGAACUGAAGAACCUCGUUUCGGAUGCGCAGGAGCGCGUCGAGGACGGCGCUGCGUCUACGUGGGGGCGCAUGCCGGACAGCAAUGACAGCGCUGUAAGCAAGAUCGUCCAAGAGAACAUUGAUGGCAAAACUCGAGGCGAUGAUCUCAGCAGCGAUGUCAGCAUGAAGGGCGCACAGCUUGUUAUGCGGUCGCCGGGCAAGGGGAAAGGGAAGGCUAAGGCGACCGCCGAUGAAGAGCGGGUCAUCAUGCACUGCGAUUUCGACAGUUUCUUCGUCUCAGCGGGCUUGCUCGACCGACCCCAUCUACGUGGCAAGCCAGUGGUCGUCUGCCAUUCACAAGGAAGUCAAGGAGGGGCAUCUAGCACUAGCGAGAUCGCUAGUGCUAGUUAUGAGGCGAGGGAGUUUGGUAUUGGGAGUGGGAUGAGCUUGCAGCAAGCCCGGAAGCUAUGUCCCACGGUCUUGACAAUUCCUUACGAAUUUCAGAGAUACAAGCAGCUGUCGCUACAAUUCUACACCAUUCUUAUGGCGCAUGCGGAUGACUUGCAAGCUGUCUCUGUGGAUGAAGCAUUGAUAGACGUCACCAGUAGCGUGAGCAGGAUCAACACCAAGCUCGCGCAGAGCCAGGACCCAGAUUCGUCACCCGCCGAUCCUGCGAAAGACUUCGCUGAAGCUAUCCGCGCACAAGUGAAGAAGGUGACUGGAUGCGAAGUUAGCAUCGGCAUCGCACAUAACAUCAUGCUCGCCCGUGUAGCCUCUCGUCGAGCAAAGCCAGCUGGUUCCUACCACAUUCUUCCUCACAACGCGCAAGAGCUGCUGGCCCCAUUGGACAUCGACGACCUGCACGGAUUCGGGAGUUCAGCCCGCCAAAAAGCGCUGGAGAAGCUCGGUGUGACCAUCCUUGGCGAACUUGCGAAGCGGAGCAAGGGCACCCUAUGUGAGGCUUUGGGCAAGGGAACCGGCGAGACGUUGUACAACGCAAUACGCGGCGUUGACCAUCGCAAGCUCGAGUCUGACAAGCCUCGGAAGUCCGUUUCCUGCGACAUAAACUACGGGAUACGGUUCGAGAACAAUGCACAAGCAGAGGCCUUCAUCUUCCAGAUGGCAGAGGAGGUUGCUCGUCGGCUCGACAGCAUCGACAUGCGGGGGCGGUCGUUGACAUUGAAGAUCAUGAAGCGAGACCCCAGCGCACCCGUCGAAGCACCCAAGUUCAUGGGUCAUGGAAUAUGUGAAUCAUUCAACAAGCAAACACCGUUGAUCGCUCCCGGUGGACAUGCAACGAGCGACGCCAAGAUUAUCGGAGAACAUGCCUGGAGGUUACUCAAGGGCUUCAAUUUCGACCCCAAGGAACUUCGCGGUAUCAGUAUACAGAUACAGAAGCUGGAGAAGGGCCCCGCGGCUGCGGUCUCAGGUCCUGGGCAAGCUGUACUCUCCUUCAAGGCGAAAACGGCUAAAGCCACUGUCGAGCCCGAGCCGUCAUCUACCAAGCCAGAGGCCAAGCGUGAUGGUCAGCAAGCCGCUCAGCCCGAAAUCGUCGUACAACCGCCAUCGCAGGAUGACGACGUCCAGAUAGUCGAACCACCUCCUAGACCCGCUAUUCCUGCUGUCGCGGUUGACCUUCCGUCGUUCUCUCAGGUCGACAUGUCGGUGUUCGACGCCUUACCGGACGACGUGCGGAAGGAGCUUGAGACGGAGUACAACCGUCGAUCCACCACACCUGCCGCCGAAGCUGGUCCGUCGCGCAGUCGCUCAGCCUCCGUAGCUGAGGGAUUGAAGUUGAAGAUCACUGUGAAGGGUACAAAUGUCAAGCAUAUCACGAGGCAGCUCGCACCUCGGAAUAGGACCGGCAUGUCCCCAACCAAGAGCAUGUUGUUCGCGAAGCGAGACGGGCCCUCCGGCGUCAACGUAUCGGAACGGGAGCUGCGAAAGCUCGACAUCGACCCGGAAGUUUUCGUGAUGUUACCUGCGGACCUGCAGCGAGAACAGUUGAUCGCGGCGCGCCACGCGAAGGCACCGGGCGCGGCCGUGUUCAACGAGCGAAAGGUGCUCAAGCCAAAGAGUCGCUCGAAAUCUCCGUCGGUGCCGUACUACCGGCCACCCCCACCCAAAGCGAAGUAUAUCGAGCCACCAUUUUUGAAGCAGCAAGGCAAGGGCGAGAAGCUCUACUUCACCGAGACCGACGACGUGCAACAGGUGAUCGAGGCGUGGGUGGGGGGAUUCAGGGAAUACCCACCGAACCAGAGAGACGUCGACUACUUCGCGAAGUAUCUCGUUCAAUGCGUCGAUUCCUCGAGAUCAAGCGACGCGGGCGUCGAGAAGGCCAUUGCGGUUGUUCGAUGGUGGCUGGUACUACUGCGCAGGUACUUCGCCGUAUGGGAGCAUGUGCCAGAUGCGACAAAGGAUGGUCCUCGACAGGUCACUUCGGAAAUGGUUGGCCGCGCUUGGUGGAAGGCUUUCCGAGAAGUCAAAGCAAAGAUGGAUCUAGUCGCGAGGAAGAAGUAUGGCGGAUGUUUGUCGAUGAGAUAGUUCGUCGUAUUCUACUAUGCGAGCCAUGUCGAAGAAGGCGAUUCACUUGCCUGUAGGCCGACUCGGACGACGGAGGGAACCCGCUGUCUUUAUCCAAACCUAAUCAC